AGGCACGGGCUUGUUUACUAACGCACGUGUAAUCUGCUACGUAUUUAUGAUGUAUUUACAUAAAAAAAAAGACAUCUACUUUCAUAUUUAAAUUUAAUUAAAUUUGAAACGAUAAUAUUUCAAUUCAUUUAUUUCAUAUUUACAUAAACAAAAGUAACAAAUGUUUCGUUCAAAGGUAUUUCCUGUUUUACGAAGUAUAAACAGAAGUUCUUAUGAUAUUGGACAUACAAAAUUAUUACGAAACACAUUAUUUUCAACCAACGUUUUGCAUGGAGAUUCAAGUGAUACAUCAAAUGUAUCUUUAAAUGAAAACUUAGCUACAAACACUUCACAGCAAUCUCAAACCUUAAAUGAAACAAUACAGGAAUCUAAAACUUCAAUUAAGAAUGCAGAGUUUUCUAUAGAAGCUUCGGUUGGAUCAAAUACUUCAUCCUUUCCCACAGAGUCUGAGCUCGAUAAACUAUAUAAGAAACUAGAAAUUGAAGUCAGAGGAAAUGAUCCCGCUGUUCUUAGAAGUUAUGGAGAAUUUGCUGUUAUGGUAGCAGAUCAUUUAGACAUAACUGUAGGCAGACAUGUUGAAAUACGAAAACCUAUAUUUGAAAGAUUGACGCUACUUAAGUCUGUCCACGUUCAUAAGAAACAUAGAGUUCAAUAUGAAACAAGAACAUAUUAUAGAUACGUUGAUCUCUUUAAUUUAACUGGCUCAACUGCAGAUACAUAUUUAGAAUAUAUACAAAGAAAUCUCCCAGAAGGAGUGGCAAUGAAAAUUACAAAGGUGGAAUUACAAACCUUACCCAAAACAGUCGAGCAAGCAAUGUCUUCACAACAAUAAAUGAAACAAUUAUGAUAUUAUCAUUAUUUUAGUAAAUAGACAAAUAAAUUAUAUAUGCAUAAUAA